AUGCUUGGGAGGCCAAGAGAGAGAGAGAUCGGUGUCAGGAAUUUAGUCAAGCCAAGUGAUCUUUAACAGUUUUAGCGUAGUUUUCACAUUUAGCGUGGUACUCGUAGUUUGCACAUGGAUAACUGGCAGAAAGUAGUGAGAACAGUACAUUACUGUCUUGCGUUCCCUCAGUUUUAAAGUCAGGGGGGAACGUCUCCCUGCCCAAUCACUUUCACGCAGUCGUCCGAAAGCUGAGCUGGUCUUGGUAAUGCGUUAAUUGACCUCGUCAUCGAUGUUCUCAGAUAUCUGGAAAGUCUGUCGCCGAGAUACGUGAACCCACUAUCAACUGCCUAGCUUGUGGGUUCCUCUUUGAUAGUGAUAACUGGUACUAUUACUUCUUCUGCAGGGCCGGCUACCAGAAGAUUUUCUGGUCUAGAUUGUAAGUUGUAAGUUCUAGAAAAGUAGUCGCGAUGCGCAAUUGCAUUUAGACAUUGUUAUAAAUCAUCCUACUACGAAUACACACAGCCAAUGUAGGAUACAUGCUAUGAGAGGGAUUUGUUAAUCGCGGUGGGCAGCAGAAUUCCUUUGUCAUCCCUUUACAAUGUACGCAGUUCACAAGCUAAAGUAGGCGUUUAUCCGUGAUCACCUUUUUAAACAUGUACACAAUGUAGUUAUACAACUUGCGGAGUGAUGCGAUGAUCUAUUUAUUACAGCUACCGUGACAGCACAGAGAGUUACAUCGGAUAACGAGAUAUUGGCCAGGAUGAAGGAAUUAGAGUAUAACAUGACAAGAUUGCAGCAGGAUUUGGUAAAUUAAGACUGUGCAUGUUAUUAACUGAUUCGCAAAUGUAACUGAAAUCAUGAGGGUUUAGAAAAAGGUACAUAGCAGAACACGGUUGAAAGGCGUUUAUGGUUAACUGAUGUAAACUUGGGUAUCUAUUCCUAAAUCUAAUUUCAAAGUUCUAAACUUGCAAUUUGAUUUGAUUUGACUAGAUCUUUUCAUUUAUGUGUAUCUGUGAAAUUACUUAGUUCAGACUGCAAUUCACUAAAACAACUAAACUAAAUGAAGGCGUUAAAUCAUGGCCAGGUAUAGAAGUUUCCACUAAAUAAAGGUUAAACUUUUAAUUAAUGAGUUGGAUACUUACAUCACAGGUAGCCCAAGCUCAGAAAUAAGAGCAUCGGCUGUUGCGUAACAUUCGAAAUAUAAAGAUUUGUAUGGGAAAAAAACCUAUCGUUUCGGUAACCUACGAAAAUGAAAGAUUUCAAUAAAAACUUACCUCACUUAAAUGGUCCACGGGCGAUUUACGGCCGUUUAUGAGUUUUAUGUAAACGGUUUUCUAUAUAUAGAGAAUACAAAUCCUUAUAUUUCCGGAUAUUGCAUUACACUAUUAACCGAUGUUCGCCAUCUUUCAUAUUUCGAGCUUGGGCUACCUGCUUUCCUCAAUAGUAGUCUUUCUACGUCGUUUCGGUCAAUUCUGCCCGUAUAUUUCUUGAAGAAAUCUAGUAAUGUACUUUGUUUGGUUCAAGUCGAUCUGCAUUCAUUAACACUUGUUGAGCGGGCGUCCCUUCGAAUUCUGAGGCGAAGACUUUAAGCGCCUGGGUGUUCUAAAAGCGAGGGUGCUUAUCCAUGGUCCCCAUGGAUUACGUUUGACCAAUGACACAAGCAUACACCAAGGCAGAAGAAAAUGGAAAAUUUCAUUCAUUCUUAUAGUUGUGGUGCUAGCGCUUACGUCACAUAGAUCUGCGGUUAUGUUCCUGCUUAUGUCAUAAGCUCCUGUAAUACCCUGAACAGUGAAAUAAGAUUUGCUGCCGUAUCAAUUAAAAUAGUAGCAUGAUUAUUAAAUUGCUCAUUUACCUUUGUCUUUUUGUCCUUGCAAUAAAUAAAUUUGAUUUUACCGAUUGGUUUCAGUAUCACCCAGUCAUCACAUUGAACCAUGAAAAAUAACAGAGUUACAAGGAGAAACUUAAAUUUGCAAGUCUUCAGUACACAGGACCGGGUGAAACUGACAGGGCAAUGUUUUGAAUUAAAAGACGAGGACAUGUCUACCUUCCCUUCUAACAAGGCCUCUCACGGCGAGAGAAAAAUCAUAGGAAAGAGAUAUACCUCUUCCUGGCCUCGAUGGGUGUUCCGAUCAAGCAUGUAUUGGUGUUUUCUAAACAACCAGUUACGUUUUAGUCACCUGUGACACAACUUACAAAACCGAUUUGGUCAAUAACAACGAUAGGGUCAGAAAUCGCCACUGUUCAGUCUCAACAGGGAACACGCAUUCCACGUUAAACGAAACUGGUUUUCAAAGCCAGUUGGUUUCGUCCACAAAUGUGGUCGGCUGUUAUAUGAAUCAACACGUCGGCGGCUGGCAGGGGUCUCUCGAUCUCUCUUUCCCCUCCUUCUUCUUUUGGCGUGAAGAACCUCUGCUAGCAGGGAAUUAUUCAUCACCAUGCAAUGAUUCUAAAACACCAUCCUUGGAUUCUGCGCAUAAUUGUCUAUUCAAGUUUUUUCUUAAUAUAGUAACAUUCAUUUAUUUCUUUUAAUCCUUAUCUGCUAGUUUGACAAGACAAAUAAGCUAGAAGCAGUUCAAGCAAACCUGGCUUCAGAGGUAGGCUUUGACUAGGCCAUGGUUACGAGGAGACUCAGGUGUGACUAUUAUUUACCUGAUACUUAUCUCUUCGUAAAUGUUUCCUUGAUAGCUAAAUGACACUGCUCAAGAACUAGGAUCAACAGAAAACGACAUUAUCAACCGGAUAAUAAAUGUCAGCCAUACUUUAUUCAACGAGGUAAAUGCAUUAUCGAACUUAUGAAUCUUAUUCAAUCCUGACCGGUCUUCUUGGCUUUCUAUCCCAUUGAUCCUAAAGGGCGUGCACAUAGGUUGGGUAUCGUGAACAAGGGCCAUUAAAAGCACAAAUUUUAGUUUUAAAGGCACUUUUAAUAAUAUUUUGCAAUGUAACAUCACCGUUAGUUCCCAUGAGGGUCGAGAGGACGGAGGUCGCGUUACGAGAUUUUACUGUAGGUUUAUGUAAACUACGUAAAUACAAAUAAACAUCAGGUUUACGUAAAUACGCCAUAACUAAAAAUAUAUAGAGGUUUGGGAAAAGAUAUGGAUUUUAUUUUCGAGUGAUGUUUUCAACACGAGAAAUUAAAAUUCAUAUCUUCAAGCCACCGUGUAAUUUGCUUUUUAUCAGACAAAAAGACUGAAUUUAAUUCAAAGUUGAAAUAUAUUUUGUGCCAAAAAGAAAACCUGGCGGCUAAUGUCACAAUUCAGUUGUACAUCACAUAGCCCCCAAAAAUCAGUUUUCGAAUUUCAAAAUGGGCAGUGAAAAUGUAAACUUUCAAGAGAUGUAGAUGCAAAUACAGAUCUUGUUGGCGUCCCACUCCCAGCACAAACUUAACAAAACCGAUAGCCCAUUCGGCCUUCGGUCUCAUGGGCUAUUGACUCGGAGGAAUAGUUAUUAAAUAUAUACUUCAUUUAUGAAUACACAGUUAAAUAUGACGAGGGUCCAGCUCCAGAUAAGCGAUAAUGAAUUGUCAGUAUCUAUGCAAGAAAUUAAAGAGAAUCUGACGAGCGAGGUAAGUAACUAUAUCUUGUCUGUUUUACUUCCCUCAACAACUAUUCAUCGGAACAAAAGAAGCGAAGUAGAGUGGAGGAGUAAGGUGGCUCAUUUCGUUUCGCUGCAAAUUGUUCAUUCAUAUCAGUAGUUUAAGCUGCUAUUCACUUUCUGUUCUUAACCCCUCAAACACGCACACGCACAAAAAGACAGGAGCGGACGGAGGAUUUUGUGAUAGAGGGGGCCUAAGGAUAUAGUAUACAGUGGCAAUAUAGGCUCGAUAGCGCCCAUCAGGACUGCGAACGGCGCACUUUUCUAGGGAGUUUCGGGCGCAUGCUCCUCCGGGAAAAACUUUGGGGUUGAAGUUUUCUGAGAUGCAAUCUAGUGCAUUCUAAACGCUUAAAUUUAUCAAAUGCCUGGAUUCCUUGUUGAACAUGUAAUGCUGAAAUAUUUAAUAAGCCACAAAAGGGGGGCCGGGGCCCCCUGGGCCCACCCCUAAAUCCGCCCUUGAAGAAACAAGCAAACAAACAAUAGGAGAAAACAAAAGCUCCAUCACAGCAACAACAGCAACAGCAACUGAAAUCUACCAAUAACGUUUGUUUGCUUAAAGUUGUAAAGGACAAUCUUAGUAAUGAUUAUUUUAGAUCAAUGACACCACUGUGCAGUUGCAAACGUCGGAACACAAGUUACAAACUUCUAUUGGCUUGAUGAACAACUCGAUAAAUGAAAAGGUAACACUUGUGUACUCAUUAUUGAUUAUAAAUUGAUGUAAAACAACUAAACCUACAGGUUACUUAUUUGUAAGGGGCUAGCAAACAUUAUCAACACGCGCGGCCCCGCGCUAUCAACAAAAAUGCAAAAAAUAAGGGUAGUUAACCUAGUAAAGCACGUUACCAUAUGAAGAGCAUUGUCUAACCUUUGGACAGCAAAGACCGGAAAUGUUUCAAUUUCUUCCUUUCUUUUUUUUUUUUUUUUUGGGAUGAAAAUAUAAGCUCUAUAUAACUUCUUUGCUAUCGAAGCUUCGAAACAGACUUCUGCUCACCCACAUCCACCUCCUACACACAUUCACACAGUAUGGAUUUUAACAGUUAUUAACCUGUUUUUCUAGGUUGAUCGAAAUUUUGUCACUCUGCAAAACGAAGAUAAUACACUGAUGAGCACUCUUAUUAAAGCCAACGAUACACUUAACUCAAAGGUGAGGCUGCUCAAAUUUGUCCAUCUUAAACAGAUCUGAAUCUGAUUAUAGUAAUUGGCAGUGCAACAGUAAUCCUAACUAGUAAUUAGUUUUGAUUUACUAGAUAAUCACACAAAGUAAACCAAUAAUUCUUCUCAGAGAGUGAUGUCUGUUUAAAUGUUUGUUCAUGGCCGCCCUUGUAGCUUAAAUUGUUCUUGUCAGAAAUAAAAAGCUGAGGCAACAGCAGCAACGGCAAGACUAAAAAUUGGAUGCACCAUGAUUAUGCAAAUAAGAAUUUUCAUACCGGUGUUCACACACUGUGAAGAACUCACUUUCACAAGUUUACUUCUUUUUAGUUGAAUAAUACAGCUGCUUAUCUUCGACUAAAAGACGAAGAGCUUCUGUGGAAACUGCAACAUGUCAAUUCCUCACUCCAUGACAAGGUAACCAUUAAAAUUCGCUGAAAAUUAUCCAGACCUUCAGCAUAGAAAGUGCGGCAACGAUGGACGUAUUCUCCGUCUGUACGAUUUGUCACCGUUAUCGUUAUCAUAUCAUUAUCAACAUCGUUAUCAGUUAAAAUAGUAUACAGAUUUAGCCAGGGCUAAAAGCGAAGCUCUCGAUAAUAUUUAUAGUUUGUUCAAAGAAAAUAUAAAAUCGUGUGAUGCUAAUUAAGCGGCGAAGGCAUGCAACGCCGGAAAACGAUGAAAAACAGCAACAGGUAUAAUUAGCAAAAGCAACUUUGCAUGUGCAGCACACUUUUUUGUACAUUUCUUUGCCGUUGUUUUGCACGAAAACAAGGUGAAACUUCCAGAAACGUCUUAGUUACACGUUUUACAGAGGAAAUGUCGUACGUGUUCCCGUUCACUUUUUUUCACUGCCGCUCAUUUUCACCUCGCAUUGGUGGCCACUAGAAUUUCUCAUUUUGUCACCACCGAUAUAAAAUUUUCAGUUUUUUUUUUUUUUUUUUUUUUGUUCUUCCAACAAAAAAUGUGUCCUUCGGUUUUUUAUCUCUCGCUCUAAAUCCCUGUCGCCCUUUUUCUCGUUGAACUGUGCGGACCUGCGCCCACUUUCUCUUUUUCUCCGUCUUUCUCUUGCUCUAUAUUCCAAAUUUGUGGACAUGGCAAUUUAUCUAAGCUUAAUACUUUAGACAACACGGAUACAGAAACAAUUUCUGCUUUCCUUUUUCAUGUUUAUUGACUCUUUUGUUGUCUCUGCUUUACAAGACGCCGGUGGCUAUGCCAUUUCCCGCCAAAACAACCUCGAGUUGCAUUUGGGUUGCCAUACCUGUUGAUUGAGAUAUUUUAUAUUGGUAUGCCUGUGGUGCGGACGGACGGUCCCUCGGGCGGGCGGGCGGUGUACGGUCACGUGAUUACCAAACGUUCUCGGAAGGGUAGAUUACUUCAUUUUCUUACCAAUGGUGCUCCGCUGACGCGCUUCGCGAGCAAGAGCUCGGCUAAAAAAAGGUAGAAAUAGAAAAAUGGAUUUAAAGCCAGGUUCUUUUCUUUUUAAUUUUAAUUAGUACCCAUUUAUGAAGCAUUUUGGGGAAAACGCGUUUUGUAGUUGUCAUUGCAAAGCCGUAAUGUUGAGUCAAAAUCGAAUUUAGUUUAUUAGUAUAGAAGAGAAUCAUAUUUUUUAUGACAGAGUGUUCUAUUUGUUUUUAUUGACUUUUAACGUGACUGAAUUUCCGAGUAAAGGUUUAAGGUGGCCCGAAACUAUUUAAAUGCGCGGUUUGUUUUGUUUUUUAUUCGCGUUUUUCGGCAGGAACGAUUUAACCGAUUUCUAUGAUGUUUGGUAUCCUUGAUAAAGAAUGGUAGAACUUUAAGAAAAAGUUAUUUAUUUUCUUAUAAGAAUAAAAACGUUUGAGAUAUCGGCAUAUACUCAAAACAGCAUUGGUAUAUAAAAUAUUGAUAACUUCGAAAUUCUACGAUCAUUUUUUCCCUAAAUUCAGCAAAUAAGCCACACAGCUCUCUAGUUUUAUAUCUGCAAGUUUGAAGUCAAUCUUGACCGUAGGACUCGCCGCACAAACUGCGGGUCCAAUUUAACCUUUAGAUGCAACGCUAACACAUAGAGGAAGAGUGCCGAAGGACUAUCUCGAUCCUAUCUGCGAGUGCAACAUACGGUAUUCUUGCCAAAAGCUUUACUGCAAAAAAACUGAGUGAUCAGAAACCUACGACGAUAUUACAGUUCGCAAUACAAGAAGAACAACUUUAUGCUGAAUGCGGGGCAAGAUUAAAGAACAUCUAUUCAUCAAACUUACUUUGUGUCUGUCCCUCUGUUUUCGCAACCAAUCUUGACAAAGCAAAAUAUAGCAUAUACGAAAAACUCUCAACAGUUUUUAGCGUCGCAGGUUUCCGUUUUGAGGGGAAAUAAAGCUACCAACUCCAGUGCUUCUAACAUUCCAUUUUCAGUUGCGCUGAAAGCCUUUGUACUUGUAUAUUAUUCAACAAACUUGUCAUCACAUUCGCACGGCGGGGUAGUUUGCCACUUGGGAAUAAAGAUGAAGAAAGUAUGACAAUUGUCUUAUUCUUGAAACUGUGAAAGGUUUGAACCCAGGAGUCCUUUCAAAAGGUUGAGUUUGAUCGUCCGGGUGAACCUAGUCCUGAAUAGGACUGUUGUUGUUGACAGUGACUGACGUUUCGACAACCUGUGCGUUAGUCAUCUUCAGAGUCAAAGUGAGUUGUCAAAGUCCGUGUUGUAAUUGUUCUUACUAAAAACGUUGACGAGACUGAUUAUCUUAACAACGUUUUUAGUAAGAACAAUUACAACACGGACUUUGUUAGACGGAACACUCACAGUAACACUGAUUCCAACUCUCGGACCAACUCUGGCCCUGUUACGACAGCGACUAUACCGUACAUCAGAGGCACCUCUGAAACUAUUGCACGUAUAUUACAAACCUUACAAUAUACGUGUUGCGCACAAACCGACAACCACUUUACGGCGACUGCUUACUAAUGUCAAGGACAAAGACAAACCGGAGGACAGACAAGGUCAAGAUCAAAUACAAGAUCAAAUGCUGCGACUGCCGGGCUUCUUACAUUGGUGAAACCGGCAGAAACCUAAGCACGCGACUGACCGAACACAAACGCGCGACGAGGAAUGGUGACGUCAACAAUCACAUUGCUGAGCACCAUUUAAAGACGAAACAUCAAAUUGACUGGGACUCUGCGACAUGUAUAACGUAUUCUACAGACUACUAUCACCGUCUUACUUUAGAAAGCUGGUUUACUAACUUAGAACAAACGCCACUGAAUCGUAGUCAACAGUUACCAGCGCCGUACAAACGACUUAUUGACGAGAUCAAGCAAAACUAACUACGAGAGAACAACUGGAGAAAUGACAAUUUGACUAACAAUAGACGACUGUUUAACUGUGACAAUAGACGGAUCGAAACGCACCAAUUACUGAUUACGAGUCUUCAUAGCCAAUAACAUGACGGCUUAACUGACAGACGACCAAUAACAUCGCGACAUAAUUGACCAAUCAGAUCAAUAACCAGAGUAUAAUACCAUCAACUGACGUGAUACAACUCACUUUGACUCUGAAGAUGACUACCGCACAGGUUGUCGAAACGUCAGUCACUGUCAACAAAAACAGUCCUAUUCAGGACUACGUUCACCCGGACGAUCAAACUCAACCUGUUGUCUUAUUCUUCUCAUUAUCCUCAAUUGUAAACUACCCCUGUGAAUGCAUUUUGUGCUGCGCGUUCUUCGGUCACGAUUGACUUUACACUUGCAGAUAUUCUAUGUUUUCACUCACGUGGCCAGCAUCUAUGCAAAUUUACUGGAACAAAAGAAAGCGUUUGCAUAAGAAAAGAGUUCAACUCUCACAGGACUGGUUUGGGACACUAACAUGGCCGCCGUUUCAUUGUUUUAGGACACAAAUAUGGACGCCAUGACGUCAUGUGAAAACACACAAUAAAACUAGAGAGCUCUAAGCCUGUCGUAGGGUUUCGAAGUUAUUGACAUUUUUUGUUAGAAUGCGAAUUUAAAAACAUGCCGAUAUCUCAAGUGUUUUAUACCUAGAAGAAAAUAAAUAGGUUCGGGCCAUCUUAAGAAUAUUUUUACCAGCUUUUAAGCUGCAUAUCCCAAGUGCGUAGAAUUUUAGUCACCUCCGAAACAAACCUGGCUAAUUUUCAAAAUCUUAAAAAUUGAGUUGGAUUUAUACAGUUCAAUUACUUUUUAUCAUGUUCCGUUUGACCUUAUAGGCAGAAAGUGGGUUUGAAGCACUUGAGAAUGAAAUUAACACAACAAGAAGUCAACUGAUUACUGAUGAUGCGGAGAUAAAAGAUUCAAUGGGAUCGGUCAACACAACAAUCAACCUAAGGGUAAUUAUACUAUAACUGAUUUCUAUCUUCUUAGAACCUUCCAUUUUCUUAAUAACUGAACACAUUAAUGUAAAAGUGAGGGCUCCUGGCCGAUAAAUGUUUUGGAAAAAACUUGAUACACUGUUAUAACAAGUGAAGAAGAUCGUUAAUUUAGUGUUGAAAAAUGUUGCGCAAGUUAAUCUCCCGUACAUUGUAUCUAAGGCUGUGCGCAAACGGACGCAACAACUCCCAACAUUGUUGCGCCAACAAUGUUGGGAGUUGUUGCGUGCGUGUUGCUGGCAGUUGUGUGCAAACAGAUGCAACAACUUCCAACAAUGUUGGGACCUGCAGUGCAUCGUGGGAAGGACACACCCAUAAGCCUUUGUAAACCAUGCGUAAUGAGCGUGCGUGGCCCCAACAAUGUUGGAAGAGCUGCGCAAACGGAUCCAACAUUGUUGCGCUACGUUUCUGCGAUCACGGAACAAAAGAAAUGUUGGGAGUUGUUGGCUGAAAAGUUUGACCGGUUUCAAGCUUUGCGCAACAACAAGCAACAACAUCCAACAACAUGCAACAGCGGACGCAACAUGUAACAUCCAACAAUGUUGGGAGUUGUUGGUCAGCAAUGUUGCGUCUGUUUGCACGCAGCCUAACACUUUAAAUGUACUUUAUUUUUCCCUCCAGCUUGAUCGUGACUUACUGGCAUUACAGUCGGUAUUUAACGGUACCGAUCUUGUAUUACAAUCUGCGAUCGAUAGCUUGAAAUUAAUCGUCGCAAACGUUAACCAAACGUUACAAAAUAAGGUAUGUUGAGACACUGACAAGGUCAUCAUUUCUUAAACUUCCAAAGAUUUUAAGGCCCUUUUAAAAGGUUUCUUUGCAACUUUUUCCCAAGCGCUUCUUUUGAUAAGAUUUGGCAGUACUGUCGAACUCUUGAAACGGCAUCUAAAUUUCUUUUUUUAAUUAUCUUUAUUUGUUCUUUUUUUAGCUCUUAAACCCCAUUCAAAGCGGGCUUUUUUACGGUAAUCCUGCAACCAGGGGGGGCGGGGGGGGCGGUUGGGGCGCUCCAGAGGUCCCCCUUCUAUAACUUAAAAGCCGCUAAUGCUAUGGUUAUCAAAAUUACACAGAACAAUAAGCUUAUUAUUUCCAUUUCUAGGGAUGAUUUGAUUGGCGUCAUAUUGUUGAAUUUAUUGGCAGAAUCCAAAUUUCCCUAAAAGUACACAUUAAGCAAAAACUACUUAAGAUCAAGAAGUUGGCUAGGAUAUAAUUAAAGUGAUGUCAUGAUGAAGUCAUUUAUGACUAAAAAGGGAACUGGAAGUAUCCGUUAUCUCUGAUCCGUCAUUUUGAAUUAUUUAUAUAGUUCCAUUUUGCUUAAAACCCGUAAAAAUCGAGGAAACUUUAAUAUAAAUCUUGAUCUGAGUAUACAAUAUGCUUAGAAAGCCAAAAAAGAAAUCUGCAAAAUAUGCAAUUCAGAGAGAAAUGAAUACUGUUUAAAAUUGAAUUCAGCACCUGCCAUUUGGUCAUAUUAACUCAAGUCUUUCGUCAAACUAUAGUCAUCAAAAAUCCUGGAUUUCAUCAAAGGUGACAAAUUUGAUAAAGUAACGCUAAUUUAAGUGUAAUAUACUAAUUCUAGGGGUAAAAAUAGAAUUAAAACUUAUUUUCGUGAAAAAAACUCUUUUUCAAAAACUUGGAUGCCAUUAUAACGGUAAUGUUGACGUACACGUCACCACGACCAUGAUUUUAGAAUACAAACAUUAUCAAAAUAAAUUGCUGUUUACUAAAACCGUAUUGUAAUGAACUUUACGUUGCAGAUAGUCGCAGAGAUUGGCAUUUUAAAUGCGGAUCUUAACUUAACUGCAAACGAGCUCACUGCUGCCGUCGCUGAUGUCGCUGAUAUAAAGGACGAUUUAGAGGCCGUUAACAAAAGUCUUAACUUCAGGGUAUCAGUAUACGUAGAUUUCAUUUAGAUAUCUGCAGAUCAGGCCCCAGUUGUUCAAAAGGUGGAUAACGCUAUCCAGAUUAAUCUUUAUCUAGUGGAUAGCGUAAUUGGUUCCCCAUUUACUUAUCCGUUGGAUAAGGGAUCGAUCCGAUGGAUCGCCCUAUCCAACGUUUGGACAACCGGGGCCAGAUUUGCAUUCACUUAUGACGACUGCCACAAGCUUUUCUGUGUGUCAGUAUUUUAAGGUAUUCAUUAUUCGAUAAUUACGGCUUUAAGGUGUCAGCAAGUUUAUAAAGAAAAAGUCUUAUAUUUUGGGGGAAAAAAACACUGACAGAGCAUUCGAGAGGUAAUGAAUUUGCCUUAAAAUUACUUGAUAAUGUUCGGGCCCUACCUAAAGGCAUCAGCUUUACCUAAAGUAUUAUUUUUUUUCUCUCUCUCCCUCUUUUGCAUAAGUUUUGUUUUGUUAUACAAAGCGCAGCCUUAAGAUUAACUAUUGGCAAGAGAGGAUAAAGUGGACAGGGAAGGCAUCCCCCAUACACACCCUAUUCCAUAGGUAAUUCGUCCAGAGUUAUUUUUAGAAUCGGGAUAAAGUUACCUCGCGCGCUUGGUGGGUGUUUCGUAGAGGUUUCGAUGACUAAACACCGUGCAAAACAUGUCGGGCGAAAGGCAAUGAAAGCGUAAAGAGAUCGAAAGCAUUUCUGAAUAUUGAAGAGAAAUGAGUCGGCGCUCACCUGGGAAAAGGGAAUCGCUGGACUCUUGUUGUCGUAACCUCACUGCUUUAAUAAAAUGUGAAAUUUCGCUGGUCUAUUGAAACCGGACGUUUGUAUAAUAAAGCAAAUAGGACGCCAAGUGUUAUUUUUGUUAAAUAAUAAAAGACUAAUAAAAGAAUAAAUAUCAAACCAGAAAUUGGUCUCUUCAAAAUGUAAAUAAUAAAUGAUCCUGAGAGAAUAUUCAGUGUGUUAAGGAUUUCCCUGCUGUACUGUUAGCUCUAAACAAGAGAGGAGGGCUAUUCUUUUUUAAUUUCCGUCUCGCUGACACAGCUUUUGCAGAAAUCUCUCUUUAGUCGUUUUCGUCGACAAAAAAAACAAUAUCGAUGUCCGCGUCCUCCGCCAUGUUUUUCUGCGUCAAUUCGUGAAGGACGCGUGGCUCUGAGCGUGAGUCAUCCACGCGGAACACAUUCGCGCCAUGCGAUUGGCUGCUGUCUAAUCCCCCUUGGGAUCUAUGGUCUUAAAAAUAACUAGAGACGAAUUACCUUUGGAAUAGGGUGUAUAUGGGGGAUGCCUUCUUUGUCCCCUUUAUCCUCUCUUGCUAUUGGUUUAUGGGCCAGUGUGCGUAUGUCGAGGUGUGAAACAGAGUGAGCAUGAACACAGCCAAUUAAGUUUUGCCAUCCAUUAUAUUAAGCUAAGACGGAAACAGCUAAUUCAGCAAAAGGAUUAGCUAGGACUAUUUCAAAAGAAAGAUUUGCACACGCUAAAGCGCGCGCAGAUGACACGCUCGCCACAUCCUAAAGCAAUUGAGCAUUUUUUUAAAAAAAUUGUUCACAUGUGUUUCCUCCUUGGCAAGUUCUUUAAAAGUUAUCUAUUGUUAACGUCACUAAUUGAACUUUUAAUUUUGCUGUCAAUCAUUUGACUUCAUUUUCGAAAAACGAAAAACAUAGGAUUGUUCGGAAUACAAAGUUCUACCAUCCUGUAAGGUUUGAACUCAAACGGAUAAAAACUGUAAAAGUUAUUCCUAGACUGCAGUUUCAAGCUGACCCGGCGUGUAUUGCUGAUAUUUCAGUCAAUUUUAAGAUUUUUAAAGCCUGUUGGUAAUCAAAAUAUACAAGGUGAAGAGGCAGAAGAACAACAAAACACAAAGAAAAGAAGCGAAACGGAAACAAAAGCAAACAAAACAAAGUGGCAAUUCUUUUUCAGUCUUUUUUUAAAAUAUGGAAAAUAGCAUAACACAAAAAACAAGCAAAGAAACAAACAAAACGUUUUGUUACAUUCUUCUUUCAAUUUAAGGUUUACGAAAAUUAUGUAACAUUGAGAAGCGAAAUAAACAGCACAAGCGAAGCAUUGCAAAACAGAGAUAACCAGCUGAUAAGCAAUCUCAUUGAAGUCAAUCAUACACUGAAUACGAAGGUAAGUUUGUCGUAAUAACGUUUGACGUAAUAUCAAAAACGAUGGGGAGUGCUUCAUCAAGGGUUACAAACACUGUAACAGAUCAAAACAGGAGGCCGCCGAGGUGUUGGAAACCUGUGAUAAAGCACGAAGUCCGAGUUUUUGAUACAGCGUCUUCUGAAAUGAAACAAUAAGGAAUUAUGCAGUGACAUGUUUUCUAUGGUAUCGCAUUGCUUCUGUGAGAUGUUGUGUUAACCUAUAAAACAUCUCAUUAAAAUGCAAGUGUUUCUGAUCUCAGGUGGAAAACAUGUUUCAACUCAGAUGAAAACUUGGUGGUGGUUUGCCUGGUGUUUCAUCAUGUAUUAAGAUUCAUGCACCUGACCCAAAUGGUCGACAUUCAUCGUCUUUUCCCUGCAUGAAUAACUAAUGAGUUUGAGAGGGUGCAUUCGGGCCUCAUAUUUAACCCUAUUUAGACCGAGAGCUUUUGGAAACCCCUCCCCCCCCCUUCGCCUUCUUUGAUAAUAAAUGACGUCAUUACAACAUCAUUGUUUUGGACUGUUUAUGUGUUAGCCAACGUCUUGAUUUAAUUUUGUCAGACACCUUACUAUUUUUUCAUCUUACACAGGGCUGUUCUAGCGAAUUUGUAAUGAAGAGCGACUGGAGCGCUUUUGGUUCCGGCAAGGGAUCGCGGGAAAGGAGAAGAGAACUCCUUUCCAGGUCUAUUGCGCGAUACUGAUGAUGAUGACGAUGGCGGUGAUGAUAAUGAUGGCACUUAUAUUAUCCCAAAGUUAAUCUUUUUUCAAUUAAUUUUAUUUUUAAUUUAAUUUUUAUUUUUUUACAGCUGGAUCGUGAUAUAAAAGCAUUAAAAUUUGACUUGAAUGUUACUGAUGUCACAUUGCAAUCGUCGGUCUCCGCUUUACUGUUCGACGUUAAUCACGUUAAUCAGACAUUAAAAGAUCAGGUUUGUCGAGAAAAUUCUUUGAACGCUCCCCAAGACGUGAAACUUACCAUUUACGUAAACCAUCCGGGUGGAAAUCUUGUGCAUAAACUUGAUAAAACUAUAAAAUUUGACUCGGUUGAACUACAAGGUAUAUCCAAAUCAGCUCAAAUCACAGCUGAAAUUUCCUUAAGCUUCCCCCCCAAAAUGGCGCAAACCAUUUGUUUUUCCAAUCGCAAUUUCCGGUUUUCCAAUGUAAAUGGUAAGUGACGCUAAUUACCAACCCUAGCAGUUAUUUCAUAGCAUUUCAAAGAAUGAAGCCUUAAUAAUGACAUUUUUUCUUUACAGAUAUCUCUAAAAGUGGGACUGUUGACCGCUGAUCUUAACAAAACAAAAAUCGAGCUACUAGCAGCAGAUUCAGAUAUACAGGCUACUUUGGAGCAAGUUAACUCCACUCUCAAAAACAGGGUACGCAUAAGCAUCAGUUAUUGUUAUAUACAGUAGCUUAUAGUAUGUUAAUGGUAAGCGUAUCUAUAGACAGAACUAAGAAGGCAGCGUGGCCAACGACACGUUGGAAUCCUAAUCCCGUGGUUCCUUGUUCGAGACUGGCUCUGGACACUUAAAUUAAUCGGCUGGAUUUGUUCUCGGCCGUCCCGAUUUCAAAUCCACGGCCACGCUUGUAAAUAUAGCCAAUAGAUUUGUCUACUGCCUUUUGCAUGAGGUCUUUAAUCCUGUUAUGGUCUGUUUAGAUCAUUUCAGUGUUUCUAAUUAUUUGAGCGGAGAGUCUGUAAACUAGCUGGAUAUAUAUAAGCUAAGUGCUCUUUCCACUAUAAACAAACCUUUAACCUCCAACCUUAAACACGCAGACUUGUGGAGCCUAAUAGUUUCUAUAAUAAGAUAAAACGUAUUGAAAUGUCAUAGGCAAACGAUAUAAAAGAUAAUUAACUUAUCGAUCCUUUUUUUUUUUAAAUGCACUGUAUCUAUUUUGAGAAAGAACAAUAAUACUUCGGAUCAUCGUACGUUUCUGGGAAACUGCCCACCUAACCCUCCCCUAAGUUGCUCUGAGUGAAAAAAGAGUGUUUUGUUGGCUUAGGGGAGGGGUAGGUGGCAGUUUUUCAGAAAACUUAUAAUGAUCUGAUAUUUCUUAGGCUUUAGAAAAGGAAAGGAAAGAAUGCAAAUAAUGAACUAUCAAAAUUGUGUUUAGUUAAAUUGCCUGUCUCAAAUUUUGAAUUAGAUUGAUAUACUCGACUCUGUCACAAGUCUGUUGUCGACAUCUCUGACGACUUCUCAAGUUAACAUUGGCAGACUCAAUGAAACAGUGACUAACAUAACUAUAGAGGUAAGUUUAAUUCCUUCAGAAAUAACAACAGGAAAAACGUGGUGUAGGAGUUAAGGGAACAGCUCGAGAUUAAUAGCAGAUGUGGAAGCUGAUUAGCAUGGUUACACGCGAUACUCGAUUCAUAAGCGCAUCGCAUAAAAAGAGUGGUGUUUCACUUCACGAUGCCUCAAGCUAAAAAGCAAGGAUCUUUGACGUUAUCCCAGAAGAGAAACAGCAGCUAGUGGAGGAAAAAGAUGUAGAUAAUAUACGGAAAGUGCUUUGUAAAUCAUUCAUUUAGUGGUUUUGCGCAAAAUUGAAUUUGUGUUUUUUUAAGUACUGAGCCGACUGUUUUGAUUCGCUCCGGUUAUUCUUUUGUUGCUGUUGAAGUGAACGUCUGGAAAUAUAACAAAACACUUAAUGUCAGGUUCCCCGGGAAACCAGUUGGUUGUUUUUACAAAUAAAGUCGGGAAGAAUUCUCGAGGUUUUGUGGGCGUUUUUAAUAAAACAAUUAUUCCACUCGCGUUUGUUGGAUAUGAGAUAGUUAUAGCCAACUCGGCACUACGCGCCUCGUUUGCUACCUACCAUCUCAUGUCCAACGCGUACUCGUGAAAUAAAUGUUAAUUAUGAAGAUCGAGGUAAGUGUUAUUAGUCCCCGCCUUCGGCUCCUAUAAUAACUGGCUGAUUACACUUACCUCGACCUUGAUUAUUUCGGAUAUAACAAAAACCGAAUAUAGCAAUUGUUGUAUUACUCAUUGUUUUGAAGAAAAUACAUGGAAGGGCAACGUAGCAUCGCAUGGAACACAGUUUGAAAUUGCUCUUGAAAAUCAUGCAUUGCGUGCGCAACAUACAGAUAAGUAACUUAUAGAUAACUAAGUUUUAGAAUCUGUAAGUUGCGCUGAUUUCCAAAAAUAACUGUAGGCUCUUAGCCAACGAGAAGACAGAUAGUGGAACAAGGUAUAAUAAUAAUACUAAUAAAGUCAAACUGAAAAGUGACUUUUUGCUUUUCUUAUAAUUACAGAUAUCGGCUAAUAAAAACGAACUGUUGACAGCCUUCAAUUCUACAAAAACCGAGCUUAUAGGAGUAGACACGGAGAUAAGACAUACUUUAUUGUCUAUAAACAUGACUCUCGCAGCAAAGGUACCAUUCAAUUAAUUCCUUCAAGCAUUUCAUUAUAGACUGUCAAAAAGUCCCUUUUUAACGCAACAAGCAACUGCGUCUCUAUCAUUGGCCGGUAUUCAGAGAAUUAAGUCCAAAAAGGAGAUAAGUAUGCAAAUAUUCUCGCCAUGAUUGGAGGAAAUUUAAAUACAGCUUUCUAAAUUUGCGUAUGCUGCUUAUAACAGAACGAAAUAGAGUAUCUGGUCCUGAGCAACUUGGACAUAGGACAGCAAUUUUUUUUAAAUUUUUAUUUAAUUUUAUUUUUUUUUCUGUACAAAGAAAAAUGGUUUUCGUGAAGUGCCGCUUGUAAGCCCUGGGCUUAUACAUCUCCGUAAGGGAUUUUAGGACGGGAAUAUAUACGGAGGGGCAUAUUUCCGCGGGGGUUUAUAACCGGAAUAUAGAAAGCCCUUUCAAAAAUUGCAAUUACUAGUUUUAAAUUAAUUAAGCCUCGAAACGUUUUAAUAGAUAGAAUUCAUUGUAAUACAUUUGUAGGGGAGGGGGUGGGGUAUAUCUUGGGGUUAUAACCAGAUUUAUUUUAUGUUUACAGGUAGAAGGACCUAUAAAUAUCUGGGGGAGGGGGGGGGGGGGUUAAUUAUAAGCGACAGUAUAAGGUAUUUUGGUAGAGGAGGUAUAUGUCGGCAAUUUGGGGAAAUAGCUGUCAAACAUCACAAAAAUGCAUGAUUAUAUUCCAGAUUUUAAGUCUUGAGAUUUCCACGAGCCAGAUAUCGACAGCACUUGAAGAAACUCAGAAGAAAAGCGAGAAAAUAAACCAAACUUUGACAAGAACGACAAAACAGGUAAGUCAUUGGUUUAUCAUUUAUUCUCUUCUUUAUAGUGAGAUUAUCCUGCAUAUCCCUUUUUAGCCUGCGAAAACAGUCGACAUUUUGCGACGCCACCAUUGGUUUCACCGCGAAAUGACGUGGUCUGGGAAACGAAUGCAAAAAUUCCAUACUGAUGACGAAAAAACUAACCACAUCUGGUUAGCGCUUCUGAUUGGUCAACCCAUGGAAGAGGGAAACAGGACAUGUCCCUUUUUUAGUUUGACAAAAACCCAAAUAAGCGAUUCACACGAAAUUAUUUUGAGUUUGAAGGCAACCUUUUAUUUCUGAGCUAGCAGUUACCCGGUUGAAUUGCUGAAAAAGACAAGGGCAUGAAAUUUUCGGACUUUUUGGGGUUGUUUGCAUGCAGUUUGGCUCAGAGAAACGUAUGAUACUUGAACGCAGUUUCUAACAAAUUAAUUCUCAGUGAAUGAGGACUCCUUCAUAAGUGGAAGAAAUUUUAGUUCGUUUGAUUGCUUUUGCUCUUGAAACAGGACUGAAAUCGAAUUUGUAAUUUCGUUUAGUCCAUAGAUAUUACUUUGUCUAUUGAUAAAAAUUAAUGGAGUGACUUUUCAAACAGCUACAAAACGCAACAGAAAGACUUGAUGAAGAAGAUGUCAACUUGAAGUUUCUCUUGUUGGAAAUUAACAGCACCCUCUUCUUAAAGGUAACGUUGUCUUCGCCUUACAAAAAUAAGGUGUCCCCUGUAGGUUUGCUAUCUUUUAGACCAAUUUGUAGAGCUAUGUGUAUUUCCCAUGGGAAGGACGAGAAAUUAUGAGGAAACACUUUUUUCCCUUAAUAUCAGGGACCGAAAAAGAAAACAAGCUGGAGUACUGAUAGAAUGAAUUCGCCUCUUUAGAAAUAAGGACGAAACUGGGACCAGUUAAGAUUUGCAGAUAAUUUCUAGGAAUGCUACUAGCAGAAAAAAAAUAAUGUUCCCAUAGAUGAUUGGUACGUAGUCUAUGUGUAUCACAAGCAAUGUUAUAAAAAGAAUGCUCUCAUUUUCAAAAUCCAUAACCCCUCCCUCUUCCCCUCCCAAUACAAUGUUGAAAGAUCGAAGAAAUUUUGCCUUGAUGGCAUCAACACUGUCUGUGGGGUGGGGGGAGGGGGUGGGGACGUGCGGUGUUAGCAGCUCACAGAUAUGAAUUUAACGUGUGUUAAACUUUUUUACAACUAUGGUUGUAGGUAAAUGAUGACAAACAGAAAGAGCAGAUAUAUAUAUAUAUUUUUUGCACGGUUCCUCGAAAGAUGGUUAAGUAACCUUAGGACGUACAAGCAAAAUCAUACCCCCACCGUGGUACAAGAGGGGGGGGGGGGAUGGAAUCCCUCCCCAGAGUUUUUGAGAUGUUGCAGUAUUUGGAAACGAUUAUGAUCUUCUUAAGAAGAUGAGGUAUAUUUUAUGGGUGGUGGCGCUGCUGGAGGCCUGUGACGUCACCAACAAUGGUCGCCAUCUUGGAUUUUACCAAGAAUUCGAAACAGGCUAUAACUGCAAGAAAUGGUAUUUUUUCGUGCUUUACACGAAAAAUAACACAUAAAUAAACACUUUCCAUGAUUUAGCCACAAGAUUUACUUUUAUUGUUGAAAGAAGUUGAAAAAACAUGCAUUUUCACCCAAACUUAGCUUGACCACUUGCUACUUAUGACGACAUGUCUCGUAACCAUAGCAAUUGACAAUCACUAAACUGGUCUCAAAAUCUGCGCGAGGGAUGAACUAACAGCUACUGAAAACGUCAGGUGCUGAUGUUUUAUCCUCCAGGAAAAAACCCUGAAAAGCCUUAUGGGGUUAGCCAGGGAUUAAGCAAAAUUUUAACAAGGUUUUCUUUUCUAAGUGUAACUCGAGCUUACCAAUGAGCUUAAAAAAUUACGUUGUGCCUUUACUUCGAGAAAAAGAAAUGAUAACACAAAAUGUUACUCUAAGCAAUGCCGGCAUAGGAAGAUAAAGUGCAACAAAAUUUUAAUCCUGGAUUAGUGUUAAUCGGCCUUUCAGGAACCAGGCCCUGAGCAUUUAUUUUCUUUCCAGGUAGAGAAUGUCAGCAAACUUCCGGGCCCAGUCGGUCCUCCUGGCGUAAACGGCUCCCAAGGCCCGAUAGGUCCAGCAGGACCCCAAGGAAUUAACGGAUCCCAGGGUGCAAUAGGUCCCCAGGGAUUCAAUGGUUCCCAGGGGCCUAUCGGACCACAGGGUCCCCAGGGUGCUGGGGACUUCUCUUUGUGUGAAUAUAUGACGACCUCUUCAACGGGAAGUCAGAAUCCAGUAACAAACAUUAACCCAGGUGCUAGUAUUCAAGUAUCUCUCGGGGAACCAAAU